GGCGGUGGCCCCGCCCCGCGGGUGGCUGGGCCUCUUAUAGCCACGCGCUGGGGGAGGGAGGGUGGUUCGUUUAGUGGCGCGCGUGUGUUCGAAUGCUGGGAGGGAGCGGGCGGCGGCGGCGUGAUCCCAUGAAUUCCAAAAUGAAAAAGAAACUGAAUGCAGAAAAAUCAUCAGGAUCUUUACAGAAGUACUUCUCAGAUACCACAUGCAGUACUGCCCCAAGAAGGACUCUCAAAAUGAUUCAGCCUUCAGCUGCAGGAUGCUUGGUUGGCAGACAUAAUGAGGGGAAAUCUUCAAUCAAAAGGAAGCUCUGGAACAGCAUGUUAACUUCAAAGGCAUGUAAAACUGAGGCUGCUGUGGACAAAGAGCAAGAAAAUGAAAAUACAGAUGUCACUCAAGCAGUAGAUCUCAUAAAAAAAAGUCCUUCAUCUCAAUAUUGGAAAGAAGUGGCUGAAGAAAGGAGAAAGGCUCUGUAUGAAGUGCUUCAAGAAAAUGAAAAGUUGCACAAAGAAAUUGAAAAGAAAGAUGGUGAAAUUGCCUGUCUGAAAGAAGAAAAUGAAGAACUACUGUCACUAGCUGAACAUGUGCGUUAUAUGACCAGCGUGAUUGAGAGGCUAACUGGGCAAGCACCUGACAAUCUUGAGGCACUGAAAAAUCUGGCUCUAGAGGAAUUUGAACAAGAAAAUGAAGAACUUAAUUUUGGGGAUGUUGUAGACGGCCCUCCUGAAGAAGGGCCAUCACAAGUAUAGUGUGAUUUGAGGAAGACUACUUCAGUUUCAAACUUCCACUUCAUUUAAAGAAAAAUCUGGAGUGACAGCCUUAAACAGGCUCAUGCAUGUGGCUUUUCUUUUAAUUGCAGGCUUCCUGUUGAAAGCAUAUACUAAAGUUUCUCAGGUAUAGAAACCCUUGUGGAAGCAUUACAGAUGUUGGUUUUUAACUGGAAUUAUGUAGCAGUGGGAAUAACGGGAUACUGCUUAGAAAACACAUUACAGGCUGCACUUAGUUGCUUGUAUAAAGUGGAAAUACUGUGUAUUUCAAACUGUUGUGUAAAUAGUAUCUUCUCAGUUGGUCUGACAUGAAAAUUGAUAAAUAAACCUCUGCCUUACCAAAAGACUCAUCUUA